AUUGCUCUGACUCUGAGAGCGCUGCUCACGCCAGUGGGUGCAGAUUGAGCCACCAGGGCGAAUGAUUCGGCCCCCUGUUCGGAUAGUACUUUUCGCGGAGCAUGCGAAUUAAGCUUUUUUAGCUUCGUAUCCACCUGGAAUCGCUUCGAAAUGUGGUCAUGCCAUGCCCCUCCCUGCUUGUGUCGUGAGCUUGAGGUCUCUACAGGAUAGGCCUGCUCGGCCAUCGUUACAAAUUUCCUCUCGCGUGUAGCAUCGAGCACAAACUGGGCGACUCUCACGUAUAUUCCGACGUUAAGUUUGUCCGGGGUCCAAAUCUUCCGGGAGAGCUUCUAUUGCCCACCCGCAGCUCGCUUCGAUCUACCAAGGAGUCGGUCAGGCGGUCAGUCGAUCGAUCUCCUGCACUCUCCGCUCUCAUCUCUUCAUUGUCUCGGGAGUUCCCGGUUGGAGCUUCCUUCACGCCUUGCGCUCGCGUACGAGUGCUUCCCUCUCUCCUCUGCACGCCUGCAAUAUCCGUGCCUGCUACUCCUUGCUGCGCGAUCUGCGAUUCCACCGAUUGAACUCUGGAUUCGCGAAUUUCGUCGAGGACCAUCGUUUGUGAUGACUAAGCUCAUUGGGUUGUACUCCGCGUGUUGCGAGCCUCAGCCGCUGUGUGCUUCAGCUGCCCCGAGAAUUCAAUUCUGGUCUUCGGACAGUCUUACCUUCCGACCUGUGUAGCUGUCCUAUCUCGCCUCCGGUUCAGCACCCUCCAUCGCAGAUUGGCCAGCAGGGAUCAGCGCCCGAGAAGGCAAGAUGGGAUUAGCCUUGGCAGGACGUGCCGCUGGGCUCCUCUGGAUAUCGGUUUUGUUGGUCAGUUCUGCCACCAGCUCUGCCCUCGAUUUCUCGAAUAAGGUGCACGAUGGAUUGGACCGCGCAGGUCGUAAGAGCAUACUUCAGUCCGGAACUCCCUCCGAUCUCACGAGCUCUUCCGGCCGGAGCAUGAAGGGGCGUGAGUAUAAGAUAGAUCUGAGCAAUCUGGAAAGGAUUUUGGGAGUGAAAUUGAAUCAGGAAAAUUCAGGGGGAGAAAUCUUGAGGAAAUCUAGGGCUGAUACUGCAGGGUCAGCUGGGAUAUUGGGCACUCUUUCCGAGCAGGGAUUGGUUUAUGUGAAGGAGGUGCUGGUCAAUGAGAUAUUGGCUGAAGUUACUCCUCUGGACAUUCCUGACAUUAUCACUCGAGUGAACUCACCUAUUGGGCGUGUCGACACUAUGAUUACCCAGAUUGUUCUCUCGGGAGCCACUGUACAUUACUCGGAUAUCGAAUUGGGUCAGACUGGGAUCACAAUCUACGCAGCAGGCAUCAAAGCGAGUCUUGUUAUGGAUUGGCGGUACCAAUACACUGCAACUUAUGUUCCUUUUCCUGUUCAAGACGGUGGGCGCGCUGAAGUUGAGGUGACCGGAAUGCAAGCUGGAGCUACUUUCAGUAUGUCAGAAACGAAUGGAACACUUACCUUGCACGUUGAAGAGUGUGGAACAUACAUCGAGAAUCUGGAGAUUACUCUGCAUGGAGGAGCAUCUUGGCUCUAUCAAUGGUUCGUUUACGCAUUUGAUGCCCAGAUUCGGACUUCUGUUGAGACACAGAUAACGAAACAAAUGACAACCGGUGCUGAGCAGCUGGACAACUGGCUUUUGCAUCUUCCUCGACGUGUUCCCAUCGAUGAUACCUCGGCUAUUGAUGUGACAGUCGUUCACGAUCCCUUGCUCAGCCCUACGUUCUUGAGUGUGGGUGCGAAGGGCGAGUUUGUCUCCUUGGUAUCACCAAAGCCAUACCCGGAGCCUGACACAGAACUACCUGCAGGGCUUUUUUGCGACCAGUCUGUGAAGAUGUUAACGAUAGCCCUCAGCGACUAUGUUCUAAAUUCAGCUGGUUUUGUCUACUACGAUUCAGGUUUUCUACAAUGGGACGUCGAUGAGCUACCUGGGAAAAAGUAUUUGAAUACGGCUAGCUGGAAGUACAUUAUUCCUCAGCUUUACAAGAAGUAUCCGAAUGAGGAUAUGGUACUGAACUUUGCAGUCUCAGCACCUCCAAAAGUCGUUCUCAGCAGGGACGGUAUCUCUUCAGUGACUUCAGCAGAUAUGACCAUCAAAGUGAAAGAUGCCACCACUUUGGAACAGACUCCUGUGGCAUGCAUCAGUCUGGCCAUCUCCAUGGAUGCUAUAGCAGAUCUGGACGAGGGCAACAUAACUGCACAAGCCACGUUGAAUGAUCUAACUGUGUCCUUGAAGUGGAGUGACGUUGGAAACUUCCCGGUGUAUCUUGUUCAGGCAACGGUACGAACUAUCGUGAAAGAUGUUGUCGUACCUCUCCUCAACCUGAACUUGAGGAGAGGAUUCCCACUUCCAGUUGUGGCUGGUGUGACGCUACAAAACUCGGAUCUUAGAUACGAGGACGGUUACAUUAUGGUGUGUACAGAUAUACAUUACAAGGGUGGUUUUUUCCACUUGAAGAAGCUUGGGGAACAGAGUGGAACAAGUAAAUUAGUCCUCGAUCAGUAACCGUGCAAUUGCAACUCAUCUGCCACAUCUGCGUGUGAUGGCAUGCGAUCAGGUUUUCAGGCUUGACACAGAGUGCAAAUAUUUGAAAGGGUGUAUCUGUUGGUGCGCAACUGACUCGAGGAUUCUGUAUUCUAGAAGUCGCUGAAGUUGUGCAAGGCUUGAAGGGAAUUUCGUCACAACCUCGCGGAUCGCAGAAAGCUCUCGGCUGGCCGCCACUAAUAAUGACGAGAAAGAUCAGUAGAAACAUGUGGAUCUUUGCAUCAGAGAAGGUAGCACACACUGCACGCUUUACUGUCUCACGGGUCACAUCCCCCUACACCAUUGUGUAUGCCUGCCCUCACUUCAAGUUGGUGUAAGAUAGGCCAGACAAGAGAAUUUAGUAAGCAUAACUUUCUCCUGAAGUCAGGAGCUGGUAUUUGAUGACAUAUUCACAUUGGAAGGUUUGCAGACUGUAAAUAGAGAGGGAAACCCCUACACAGCAGAUGUGUCCAAUGCCAGAGGGUCAUCCUGUUCGUCUCUGCAACGAAUGAAAGUUUACUGCUAUUAGGUGGAAGAAGCUUUCGAGUAUACUAUCGUGUAGAUCUAGAGCCUUGUUAAGGUUCUAGGCUACGACGUGUGGACUGUAUCAUAUUGGGCAGUUGUUUUGAAGGUCUACAUAUUCGUUGUUUUCAAGCCUGGGUUAGUAUAACAGCCGGAUAUGAAAUUGGAUUUGAGGAAGGAAUUUGUCGGGGCUGCGCCUAGGCUUUUGAAAUAGUCAGCACAACAGAAUGUAGAUGUGGAGAGCGGAUUGUCAAGCCAAAUAUAUUUUGUGAUUGCUUAAUUUUUACCUCGGAGAAGAAGGAAUCUGGCAAGUGGCCUACUUCACGCUGUGUUUGAGCACGUACUUGUGUAGAUUGGUCAUGCGCUUCAUGAUUGGCACCGAGAAGGUUGCCUAGGCCUGUACUUUCUCUGCCCUACUUGAGCCGUAAACUGGGAAACUUGCACGUGCGUUCCUUACAGGGGGAGAGACCAAAGAUAAAGGAGAAAGCAAGAAGGAAUAAUAUCGUGGAACAACAAGCAGGUAGGUCACGCAAAUCUGCAUCGCAUGUUCAUCAAGUGAUCGGCUGAAUACAACUAGUGUUCGAACUGUAACACAGUAGUUAUUGGAUAGUAUUGUCUUCCUCGUAGGAAAUGCACCCAAAAUUUGCUGCAAAUUCUUCAUUGGAAGGUUCCUCCACGUGGCCGCGAAAAGACUUCUGUAGUCAUCGUCUGGAACUGCAUCGUGAACUGUUCAAGUACCCCCGUUCCUCGUCGGUGAACAAAACCUACUUGGCGAGUAGUAAAAUAAUUACCGUACACACUAUGUAAUUAUUAGUCGAAAUUA